AUGCCGUCAGUCUUUGAAGGUGGACGACUAACUGAGACAGGCAAUUGUAAAAGAUUUGGGGAUGCUGUAGAAGAAAGGCCUCAAAGUCCGAGCCGAGGGGGGUUCCCCCUCCCGGCACCGCCCUGCCUUCUCCUCUCGGAGAAUCCCCCGAAAGCGGCGGCACGGUCGCUCCGCCGCCUCGGCAGGGGGCAGCCCCCCGGCUCCGCCGCCGCCCCCGGGCCGAGCGAGGGGCCGAGGGGCCGCCCUGGGGUCGGGGCUGCCGGGCGGGACCGGCCCCCUGACCCGCACGAGGCCGUGGAGCGGAGCGCGGCGCUGCCAGCGGGGGGCGGCGGGCGACGGGCGGCGGGCGGCAGCGCCCUGCGGAGCCUGCUGAGCGAGCGGCCGUACCCGCCGAGGCAGCCCCGCGCCCGGCCGCCCCGCACCACCCGCCGACCCGCGGCUGCGGCCCCGACUGCGCCGCCCUGCGCCCGGCUCCCCGCCACCGAGCCCGGGGAGCCGAGAGGCGUGCGGCGGGGCCGUCGGCCGAGCCCCACAGCGCAGCGGGAGCGGCCGCGGGGCCGGGCGGGGGGCGCCGAGCAGAGGCCGAGGAGCUGCGGAGCGCGAGGGUCCGGCGGUAGCGGCCGGAUGGCGCCGGGAGUCCGAUGGCACGGGGAGGCGGAGCGGGUCGCGGUCUCGGGGACAAACGAGGGGGCGAGAGGAGCGCGGCCGCGCCGCUGCCUCCACCCGGGAGCCGGCGCUGGGGAGGCGGAACCGGGGAGCGGAAUCCCCGCAUCGCCUCCCGCGGACUCGGUGCCGGCCGAGCCGGGACGUCCCGAAGCGCUCCCGGGAGGGGCAGCCCCGGCACCGUCGCCCCGCGCUCGGGAACCGCUGGCCGUGCCCCGGGGCGACAGCCUCUGCCAAAGCCGUAGGGUCUGUGUGCGGAAAGUGCCACGUGUGAGUGUGUCGUUUCAGCUGAGUUUUGCAUGCAGUUGAAGAACAAUAUUUGUCAUGAAGAUUUCAUCUAAGUCUUCCUUGAAGCAGAAUGAAUUCCAGACUCGAGACCUCAUCUAAAUCAAACUGGAAUCUGUAUUAAGCUCAGAGUACAUUUUCAUUGUGUUUAUGUUCUACUUAUUUUUUUUUUUUAUUUUUAUUUUGCUGGCUGAAAUUAGCAUGUAUGGAACACCAAGUGUAGGGGACUGAGCUGUAUUCUUCUCUCCAGGAUAGUAAGUAAGUAAAUGAAAAAAUAAAUGAAAGAAAACAAAUCACAGAGUGAAUCUACAUGACUAUGGUAUAUCUGCAUACUUUACAGUACUGCAGGUUUAUAGCUGAGUUUCUGCAGGAUUAUUUCCUUCUACCUACAACCCAAUAGACUAUGACAGUACUGAAAAUUUCCAAGGAACCAAAAUUGGUAGGCCAUGAUGAACAAAAGUCUGAGGCAAGCACACUGGCGGAGAAUCUGUGCAAAUAGUUCUUGCUGUGUACUGCUACAAAGUGCUUAAUAAUUCCCAUUCCAAAGAUUGCUGUAUAAUAGUAGCGAGUGAGGUUGUUCAAUUGGAAAAUGCUUGGGAUUGUUUUGGAAGACAGAGUUAUGCAGAAAUGCAUGGCACUGAGAUAUAGAUUCCUUUCCUUCAAUUUAUAUAACAAGAUGUUUCUUAUUAAGUUUUUCACAGGAUUAUGUAACACACCUUUCAAAACAAGAGCAUGAAGAGGUAUAUUGACAAGAAAAGCUAACAUUUCCCCUGGUCAUAACUGGAUGUCACAUUGAUGGUCAGGUUUGGAAACACCACCAGUCAGUAAUUAACAAACAGGAGCCUGCAUUCAGUUUGCCACAUGGGAACAGUGUAGAUUACUGUAUCACUCUUACCUGACUUUUGUUUGACCUCAUAGGACAUUAUGGUCUAUCAUUUAAGUCUUGGCUAUUACUCAUGGAUGCUAUAUCUGCCUGCUGAAAAUAUAGUUCUGCCAAACAAAAUCUGAAAUUGCAUUUAUGUGUGGUUUUUGUUUUUCAUCAAAACAUCACCUGUACUUCUGUGAAAUAUGCAUAAAAGUUAAAUCAUGAGAUACGUGCAGGCAGAAAAUUCCUAUUCAGAACAAAAAUCAUUAAUAAUAAUGAUAUAUAGCAAAUAAUUUUUCGAUGGUAACUUCCUCUUGUUUCUAGAGUUACUUUUGUAACUGCUGAACAAAUAUCUAUAUUUGUUAUCCUCCUGAAUGCAGAGAAAAGUGGGCUAUCAUUUACUCUUGCUAGAUGCUUUGAGCUCUCUCAGAGAGCAUGUGGUAAACUGAAUGCAGGCCCCUGUUUGUUGUUUACUGACUGGUGGUGUUUCCAAACCUGACCACUAAUGUGACAUCCAGUUACGACCAGGGGAAAUGUUAGCUUUCUCUAUGCCAGUUUAUGUGGAACAAAUCUAAUAUAAGAAGUUAAUAAAACUCACACUGUUAAAAUGCUUAUGAAGAUUAAAGACAUGCUUGUAAAAGGUUUUUGAGAUAGUGUAAAAAUACCAAUGGGUGGUUAUGGUCGGCAACUAUUAGAACUGGAAAGAAGACUUUAGAAUCUUAAUGAUAGAGAGAAUGUAAGUUAUAGGUACACCCAGUAAAGUGGCUGUGUGUUGAUCACAUUAGGGUGUUCUGUCUUACUGUGUCACAAAUUAAUACAAAAAGUGAUGUGCAGUAUCAAGCAGUAAAUAAUUUAGAGUGAUUUUUGUGUGGAAGUUUCCCAAUCAUCCCACAAAGAAUGCUCAGCAUUUUUUGAAAAUCAAGUGCCUUUAACAAUAUCAAGCAAGGGAUGCACUAGUGCUAUUCAUUUUUAACAUCAAAGCUUGUAUUUCUACUGGUUUAUCAGUUUUCCAUUUAAUAGAAGGAAGAAAGGCUUCUUGCAUAUGAAACUGCUGCAAAAUAUGUUUCCCCAAACAGUGUACAUUGAAUAAUAUUUUAACCCACUGCAAAACCAGUUUAAUUUAUUGAAAAUGUGAUUACCAUUAUUCAAAAAAAUAUGCAAGAUGUAAAUAAUUUAUUUAAUGAAGAAUUUGAGGUGAUUUUGUAUGGCUAUCUGCAGAUGGCUGCAUUUCUCAUAGCAGAAUCGCUAGAGGGAGUCAUAGGCAAUGAUACUCCUUCAGGAUCUCAAACAGGUUUGCAACUGAAAAAUUAGAAGAGGAUUUUAGGUAAUAUUUAGCAGAAAAAGAAUACCAGAUAAUUGUAAUCUCUGUAAUUUAAUUUCGCUCUCUAGUUACUGAUUAUUAAUGAAACUAGUUUGGUCUCAGAAGACACCUAUAGCAAAUCAUGAUUUUGCAUAAGAAACAACCACAACAAACCAGCAAGAUAGAUGUCCCACAUAAGAAUUUAAAUUAACAUAUUUUUCAGUUAGUAUUAACGUGGGUGCAGUGCUGAGAAUGUGCUCACAGGAAUUUUAGAGCAAAUAGCAAAAGAAAAAUCAAACAUGAAUAGAAAUCAGUUAAAAGUGUAUUUGUCAGUCAUUUUUACCAAGGUUUCUGCACCUUUGUCUAAUUAAGUUUAGCCUAGGGCCUCCUUUGCUUUUAUGUUUAAUAUGUAGAUUUCAGUGCAGUAGAACAAAACUAGUUUUAUUCAAGAUUUAUGUAGCAGUAGGACAAAAAGGCUCAUUGGGAAAUAUAUACAUAUAUUGAAUUUUUGCUGUCCUAAGUAAUUUCCACAUUGAAUCCAAGCUGUGGAUUCACAACAUUUCUCACAACUAGGAGAACUAGGAAAAGAAUAUGGUUCUCAUCCUUAAUCCUAGCAAGUUUUGAAUGCAAUGAAAUGAUAUGCUGAUCUACUGUGAUAUUUUGUAGAUAAAACAUUUGAUUUAUAAUAAGGCAAUCAUCAAAAAGAUAUAUAUCUGUAUAUAUAUAUAUAUAUAAAUAUAUUUUUUUUAACACAAGUUUUCCUAACGAAGUCUAUGACAUCAAGCUGCGUGGUGCAGUCAACACUCCUGAGAGAUGGGAUGCUAUCCAGGGAAACCUAGAGAAGCUUGAAUAGUGAGCCCAAGAGAGCCUUAUGAGGUUCAACAAAUCCAAGUUCAAGGUCUUCUACUUGGGUCUUGGCAACCCCCCACUAUCAAUACAAGCUGGGGAAUUAAAGGAUAGAGGACAGCCCAGCCCAGCCUUGUGAAAAGGACUUGGGACACUGGCCGAUGGUAAGCUGAACAUGAGCCAGCAAUGUGCGCUCACAGCCCAGAAAGCCAACCAUAUCCUGGGCUGCAUCAACAGCAGUGCGGUCAGCAGGGAAAGAGAGGUGACCCUGCCCUCUACUCUGCUCUGAUGUGACCUCACCUGGAGUGCUGUGUCCAGAUGAGGAGUCCUCUGUACAGGAGAGAUGUGGACCUGUUGGAGAACAACCAGAGGAGAGACACAAAAAUAAUCUAAGGUAUAGAACACCUCCCCUAUGAGGACUAGGAGAGCUGGGGCUGUUCAGCCUGGAGAAUAGAAGGCUCCGGGGAGACCUGAUAGUGGCCAUUCAGUAUAUAAAGGGAGCUAUAAGAAAGAAGGGGACAGAUUAUUUAACAGAGUCUGUUGUGACAGGACAAGGGGAAAUGGUUUCAAACUAAAAGAGGGGAGAUUUAAAUUGAAUAUAAGGAAAAAGUUUUUACAAUAGGAUUUGUGAAGCACUGGAACAGGUUGCCCAGAGAGGUUGUGAGUGUCCUGUUCUUGGAGACAUUCACGGUCAGGUUGGAUGGUGUUCUGAGCAACUUGAUAUAGCUGUAGAUCAGCCUGUUAUUUGCAGAGGAACUGGACUUGAUGACUUCUAAGGGUCUCUUCCAACUAAAAUGAUUCUAUGACUCUAUAAUUGGUAGCUACCAAUAUAGCCUGAAGAUCUUAAGUUAGCACUCAUCCAGUGAAAUUAGAGUGUGCUCCUUUUUGGAGUCUAAUAAUAAAUGCAGUUUAAAGUAACAAACAACUUUGUACUUGUGGUACUUCAUAACACUGAAGCACAGCUUGUUUCCAAAAGAUAGCUACUUACAUUAGCUACUUGUUUGAAAAGAAUAUGAGACAAAAAAUGUACUGGUGACAAUUUUCUUAAGUGUCGUAGGUAUACAGUUUAAAAAUAUGUGUAAUUAGCUGUACCCCAAUGGCAUUUAUGGCUGUGAUGCUUUUUUACAGACAUAAUCAUGGUAAUAAAAGCCCUAGGAGUUGAUCUGGUGCAAAAAGGAUUCAUCUGAACUCCUGAAUUUAAACUAUUUUUAAACUCAUGUUAAUCAAAGAUUUCUAUGCUUUCUUAUUUUAGCUGUAUCAGUAUACACUGCCAGACUCAAGCAACUUAUUUUAGCCUAAGCAUUUAAAUUUCAUAAAAUUUCUCUAAAAAUUAACUGGAAAAUAAAAACAGGUCUACAGAGUGCUAAGAUAGUGGUGUUCAGAGUAGUGCAAGUGGUGUUAAGAGCUGUUGGACAAAAAAAUAGAUAUCAAGACACUUCUCAGCUCCUGUAUUUGUGUUCAGUGGAUUAGAUCAGAGUUUUAAAUUUUAAUCCCAUAUAUGACAUGAGGCCAAUUCCUAGAGAGAAACCUUUUGCUUUUACUUUGGAUUAAAUGUUGCUGAGUUUUUCUCAUAUUCGUAGCUGUGUUAUUUGGAACUGUUUCACAGAAUCAUAGAAACAUAGAGUCGCUCAGGCUGGAAAAGACCAACUGCAACCUAACUGUACUACCCUAACUGAAAUGGGAAGGGAUCUCUGCAUCCAACUGGUCCAACUCCUGUUCCAGAAGGGCACUUAGAGCAUGCUGCCCAGGACCAUGUCUAGGUAGUGUUUGAAGGUCUCCAAGGUGGAGUCCCCACAACCUCUCUCUUUGCCCUCUCCCUUCAACUAUUUGUACACAGUGAUAAGAGCCUCUUCUCCAGGCUGAACAGUCUCAGCCUAAAGCGUAUGGAAUAUGACCAUAAUUUGAGAAGAGUAAUCUAACUGCCUAAAAAUGCAUAAGAUAAGCUCUGAUUCCAGCCCAACAAUGGAUCUUUGGUAUAACUUAGAAAAAAAAUGCAAUUUCUUCAGUUUUGAAUUUUAUAAUUAAGAAUAAAAAAUGAAAAUAGUCCAUAUUUACCAUUAUUUUCAUUUACCACCUUCACUGUUAAUGACUUUAUAUAUACAGCUCAACAGGAAAACCUCUAGCUACUCUAGGCAGCUGGGGUUUGUAAUUAUUACUCUAAUUAUUCAGAAUGCCUGUAUUUGAGUUUAGCUUCUGCCAUCAUGAUCAAUACUUUUGACUUGAUGGCCUUGUGAAAUUCUGAUAUUUGCAUUCUUUAUAUUUUUAGAGAAGACAGCAAUCAGAAAGAAAUCACUGUCAUGUUUUUGAUGGUUUUGUUUGUAUACAUUGAAGAAAUGUAAAGUCAGGACAAGGCAAACUAGGAGAAAGCUGCUCUUUCUUCAUAACAUUACCACUGAGUGACUUUAAUUGCUUUAACUAUAUAAAGAGAGAACUCAGACUUACAAGUUAUUGAAGCUUAACAAACAUAACUCAUCAGCUGACCUUAAGUAACUGACCAAGUCAUUCCCCUCUGCCCAUGGCAAAGGCCUGGUAAAAUAUGUUAGCUUAUCUUUAUAACACACUCCCAUGCUGCAGUUAGAAUGGCUUAGACCACACAGGUAGUAGUUGCCAUGGAUAAGCUUAUACUAUUCUUUAAAGCAUUGCUGUUACAGUCACUGGUGUGCCUGAGCCCCUGCUUAUAGCAAUAUAUUUCUGCUUGUAAAAUUCCCUCCACAGACAAGACCAGCUUUUGCUUUUAUCAUUAUUUCAAUCACUUUAGUGUAGAUCCAAUUACACAGGUAUAAGAGUGUUUCUACUGGCAUACCCUGGCAUCAGUACAACAGCAGUUAAACACAUAACUCUAGAAUCAGGAUAGAUGUGUGAAUAACAACAUCUGAUCAACAGCCAUGCUGACAAAAUUUAAACGAGAUCAAGCUUAAAUCUUAUCCACCUCUGACAAUGGCAAUGCAUGUUAUGUGCCAGGCUUACUGGGCAUGAGAGGACAGUAUGACCAGAAGCUGAUUCAGGAAAACUUCCCUCAUGCAUGUUUAAUGCAAGUCAGAGAUAUUCAUCCCUAGCUGUGCUGUAGACAGUGGUGUCCUAACCCAAAACCACAUGCAUGGCAGCAAUAAAUGCCAAAUUUAUGACUACCACCAGAGCAUAUACAUAUACAUUAUGGCAUUGUCUAUCUAUAACUAUAUACUGUUGUGUAUUACAUUUCCCAAUGAGCUCUGCAUUCUUUUGUUAUGUGAAACAGAGAAAUAGACUGUAGAUCACGUUAGAUACGGAUUUUCUGCUUACCAAAGCCAUGGGUCAAUACACUAGAAGGCAAAGGUGAAGUACUACUGUAGUCUUUUUCCACUUUCGCUUCUAUACAUUUCCUUGCAAUGUGUUGUAAAUGAAGAGCAGAGGCCAUGAUCUGUAUUAGACCUGAACUAAAACUGUCUCACUUUGGUCUAUGAAAAAAAAAAUCUCAGCUUGUAAUCUGUACUGCCAUGUAAUUCAGGUCAUAUUCUAUCCAUAGUUAAACAAAAUGCUUUACCUGAACUGAAAAUAAAGUAUGCAUUGCUGCUGAUAUAUCUGCCAAAUUUAAAACAUGAUAUUAACUAAAGUCGACAGCAUAAGCCACUCAAACAAGCCCUGAGGGAGUCCAAAAUGCUCCUUAAUAUUUAUUUUUCAUAUUUGAUUGCAGGUUAUGCACAGGUAAGUGUAGUACUACCCUGAGGGUUUUAAGUGUAACGUAGUCAACCAUGAUAAUACCUUCAGUAUCUCAGAAGACAGUUCUCACAAUGACUAAUAUGAAAUGAAAGCGAAGCUGAGUGUUUUUCAGACUAGUGUUAAGUUUCCUCUACAGUUAUUUUAGUAGGUUUCCGAAAUGCUUUUGGUGUUUGCCUGUGAGUAAGAGAAAAACAAAUACUUUCCUAUAUCUAUCACAGUAUUUUCCAGCACUCAAAGAACCCUAACAUUAACUUGCUUUUAUAGCCCUGUAAUACACGAGAAAUCACUAUCCUCAUGAUCUUCCACUACUUCCUGUAAAAAUUUAGACUGGUGUUUCCCUGUCAUUUACUCAGAAAUGAAUCACUAACAGUUAGCACAUAUGCAUGUAGUAGUGACAAAAGAAAAUGAGCUGGAAUUAGUCUACUUCAGGUGUUCCCGUCCAUUUUAACCUCUCACAAUGGUAAAACAUGGAAGAGAUAGUCACAAAAAUACCAUGUUUUUAAAGAUAUUUUUCUAAAUCUUAAUUAUUUAAAAAGUAAAAUGUAAUAUCAUAACACAUUUAAAUAUAUUCAUACACAUUAGACAGACAUUGAAAAACAGUUAUGUCCCAGAAGAAAACAGUCUUCAGGUCAACCCUACCAGCUCUGGCUGCUCUAAGUUGCUCAACUGCUUCAAACAGACCUACUUCUGGCUUAACAGUGAGCGAAUUUCAAGCAGAUUUGUAUUGUUAGGAUAGCACAGAACACUAAAAAGUAUUACCUAAUUUUAUCUCUAAUAAGACAAAAAAAAUGAAAAAGAAGGUAAAGGACAAAGUUAAGCCUAGGCUUCUUACAUAGUUUUUUGGUAGGAGUUAUACUUGCAUAAUGGGAUCAACAAAAAUUAAUAGGCUGAAUCUUGCCCCUUUACUCCACACUACUGAGGCCUCACCUGGAGUACUGCAUCCAGAUGUGGAUUCCUCAAUACAGGAGAGAGACAGACCUGUUGGAGUGCAUCCAGAAAAGGGCCACAAAAGUGAUCCAAGGGAUGGAAUACCUCUCCUAUGAGCACAGACUGAGAGAGCUGGGGCUGUUCAGCCUGGAAAAGAGAAGACUGUGAAGUGGCCUGAUAACAGAAUUUCAGUAUCUAAAGUGGAGAUACAGAAUAGAAGGGGACAGACUUUUUAGCAGAGUCUGUGAUGACAGAAGUAGGGGAAAUGGCUUCAAGCUCAAAGAUUUAGGUUGGAUAUAAGGAAAAAAGUCUUUUACAGUGAGAGUGCUGAGGCACUGGAACAGGUUACCUAGAGAUGUGCUUGACGCCCCAUCCCUGGAGACUUUCAAGGCAAGGCUGGAUAAGGCCCUUGGUAUCCUGAACUAUCUGUGGUGUUUCUGUUCAUUGCAGGGGAGUUGGACUAGAUGGCUCUCAGAGGUUCCUUCCAACUGUAAGGAUUCUAUGAUUGUAUAAAUGAAGAAAUACAGUACCCAAUGCUAUAUUUUGAAUUUCUGCCCCUCUCAAAGUCUUAGUAUCAACAGAACGUCUUACCUUCUGUAUUUCCAGAAUUACAGUUCAAGAAGUAAGAUAGUAUACACAAGAAAGGAGGGAUGAGGCUCUCCUGGCUUUCUGUAAGCAUCUCUGGUGUUAGAGCAUACCCACAGGUUACAGGAGACCAGAUUCUGUUCUCACCCAGCUGCUGGUGGGAUGGAGUAGUUGCUUUUGUGUGGAGUUUAGAAGAUGUACUCCUACUGUUAAUUUAAUUUAAAUUCUGGAUGAUAGGAAAAAAGUUUUCCUCUGUCAUUUCUCUAACACCAGUAGCUUUAGAGGAAGCCAAGUUCUACCAGAAAACAUGAGAUAAAUGUAAUUCUGGUGACUGGAGUUAUGAUUUCUGUACUAAGUUUGUCUUAGAAGACAAGUGAAAAGAUGCUUUAUCACAGUUCAGCUUUAAAUUUUGAAGGCUUUGUCUUGUGAAACUAGGAUAUUUCACCAAAAUGCAGUUCCUUUCCUUUUAUCAUCUUCAGAGAUGAGUUAAUGGAUUAGUAUUUUUGUUAAUAUAAUUAUUACAAACAUAAAACUUAAUCUGGGCAUAAAUAAUAAAGUUUUGUUACUGA